AUGGCCGAGAAUAUAUACAGCAGGGGCACCCGUGUCUGGUUCGAAGACAAAGACCAUGCUUGGAUAUCUGCAGAAGUUCUUUCUGUCACGAAAGGCAGCGACGACACCAUCAAGCUGGUCUUCGCAGACGAACGCAGCAGGGAAGUCACGAUAAAUACAACAGGAAGGGAGAUCAAGGAAGGAAAAGAGGGCCUUCCACCGUUACGCAACCCCCCUCUGCUGGAGACCGCGGACGACCUCGCCACCCUCUCUCAUUUGAAUGAGCCCUCGGUUCUGCACACAAUUCGGAAUCGAUACGCGCAACAUAGCAUCUACACUUACAGUGGUAUCGUGUUGAUCGCCGUCAACCCGUUCCAACGCGUCACUCUGUAUGGUCCAGAGAUUAUCCAAGCAUACAGCGGCCGAAAGAGAGGGGAGUUGGAGCCGCAUUUGUUUGCCAUUGCGGAGGAUGCCUAUACUGCGAUGAGGAAGGAUGGGACUGGACAGACAAUCAUUGUGUCAGGAGAAAGCGGUGCUGGAAAAACAGAGUCGGCCAAGUUUAUAAUGCGUUACCUUGCUUCAGUGAACCCGCCUGAUGGAAAUCAAAAGUCCAAAACCAAGUUUUCGGUGGACGACUCCAGCGAAAUAGAACGACAGAUUUUGGCUACGAAUCCUAUCCUCGAAUCUUUUGGAAAUGCGAAGACAACCCGUAACGACAACUCUUCUCGCUUCGGUAAAUACAUCCAGAUUUUGUUUGAUGGAAAACAAGAGAUUGUCGGCGCCCGAAUCCGCACCUAUCUUCUGGAGCGCUCGCGAAUAGUCUUCCAACCUCUGACGGAACGCAACUACCAUAUCUUCUACCAGCUCUGUGCCGGGGCUCCUGUUAAGGAGCGUAAAGACCUGGGUUUAGACUCUGAUAUCACGAAGUUCUUCUAUCUCAAGCAAGGGGGUCCAUCGUCGACUCCAAUCGCUGGUGUUGACGAUGCAGAGGAGUUCAGAGCGACGCAGCAGGCCCUUUCUACUGUUGGCAUUAGCGUCGAGAAACAGUGGGCAGUAUUCCGCCUCCUGGCCGCCCUCCUUCAUCUAGGAAAUGUCAAGAUCACUUCCACUCGAACUGAUUCCGCGGUAGAUGACAAUGACCCGGCCUUGCUUCUGGCGACUCGCUUCCUUGGAGUAAAUCUCGCUGAUUUCAAGAAAUGGACCAUCAAGAAACAGAUCCAAACUCGUUCCGAGAAAAUCGUCACGUCACUCAAUGCUGCUCAAGCGACUGUUGUCAGAGAUAGCGUCGCCAAAUUUGUGUAUGCGUGCAUGUUUGAAUGGCUUGUCGCCAUUGUGAAUGAAAGCCUGGCAGGCGAAAAUGGUGAUGCUGCUGAGCGAGCUGAGAUGUUCAUCGGUGUGCUCGAUAUAUAUGGCUUUGAACACUUCCAGAAGAACUCGUUUGAGCAGUUUAGUAUCAACUAUGCAAAUGAGAAACUCCAACAAGAGUUCAACUCCCAUGUAUUCAAACUCGAGCAAGAAGAAUACGUCAAAGAGGAGAUCAAAUGGAAAUUUAUCGAUUUCUCUGAUAACCAACCUUGCAUCGAUGUCAUUGAAGGCAAACUCGGGGUGUUAGCUCUCCUUGAUGAGGAAUCUCGAAUGCCAUCCGGCACCGACAGCUCAUUCCUUCAGAAGUUGAACACACAGAUUUUAGCCAAACCAGACUACAAAAACGUGUAUAAAAAGCCCCGCUUCGGAAAUUCCGCCUUCACUAUUGCUCACUAUGCAUUGGAUGUCACCUAUGAAGUGGAAGGCUUCUUAGAAAAGAAUCGCGACACCGUACCCGAUGAACAAAUGGCCCUCCUUGCGGCAACAAAAAAUCCUUUCCUCAAGGAAGUUCUCGAUGCAGCUCUUAAUUCGACGAGAGGCGUUGAUGGGCCGCCACCCGCUUCUCCGGCCUUCUCAGAUUCUGGUAGUGGUGGUUCUCGUCGAUCAUCCGUCAUCCCUGACCCCGGUCGCCAAUCCUUCGUCUCCCAAACGAAUACUACUGGAAAUGCUACAAAAAGGCCAGGUGCUGUGAAUAAGAAGCCGACUCAGGGUUCGAUCUUUAAGGCAUCCUUGAUAGCUCUCAUGGACACCCUUAGCACCACAAAUGUGCACUACAUUCGUUGUAUCAAGCCCAACGAGCUCAAGCGCCCUUGGGAAUUCCAGCCCCAGCAAGUCCUAGGACAACUCAGGGCCUGUGGUGUUCUCGAAACAAUCCGGAUCAGUUGUGCUGGAUAUCCGACUCGCUGGACUUACGAGGAAUUCGCUGAAAGGUACUACAUGCUAGUCCCAUCCUCGAGUUGGCAGCCUAUGAUUCAAUCUAUGGAUCUUCGUGGGCUUUGUUCCAAGAUCCUCGACAAGACCAUCGCAGAUCCAGACAUGUAUCAAAAUGGUCUCACCAAAAUCUUCUUCAGAGCUGGAAUGCUGGCUGCCCUGGAGUCCUUCCGAUCGGACCGCCUUAACGCGAUGGUAACCGUUGUUCAAAAAAAUGUUCGCAGGCAGCUCGCCGUGAAGCGAUUCCAGAGACUUCGGACCGCCACUAUCAAGAUCCAAACCUGGUGGCGCGGUAUUUUGGCGAAACGUUUUGUAGAGAGAAUACGCCGCGAAGCCUCCGCAAUCCGCCUCCAAACAGCUAUCAGGCGUUUCUUGCAGAGGAAACACUUUGUCGGCAUCAGGCAUGGCGUGAUUUUGUUCCAAAGCCGGGUGCGUGGUAUUCAAACCCGGAAGCGCUAUGUGGAGGAGAGGAGCGCUCGAGCUGCCACACUUUUACAAAGCCUCUUCCGAGGAGUGUUAUCCCGUCGCUUGUUCAAGCACAAUGUUCGUCACGUUGUUUAUAUCCAGUCCUGCAUCCGUCGCCGUCUUGCCCGAAAACAGCUGAAGGCCUUGAAGGCCGAAGCGCGCUCAGUUUCCAAAUUCAAGGAAAUUUCGUAUCGCCUGGAAAAUAAAGUUGUCGAACUUACCCAAAGCCUUCAAGAGCGCACAGUCGAAAAGAAAAAACUUCAGGCCCAACUCGCGGAACUCGAACAGCAGCUUCAGCAAUGGAUCAAUCGCCAUGAAGAAGCUGACGCACGAGCUAAACAACAUCAACUCAGCAUCCAAAUUAUGGAAUCUGAACUCAGUCAACGGAACGAACUGCUUGCUUCCAAAGCCGAUGUCGAGAAGCGACUGGAGGAGGCGACCGCCAAGGCCUCAGAAAAGGAAGCAAGCAUUCAGAAACUCACAGAGGAAGUCCUGCGUCAAGCAUCCCAGCUGGAAGUACAACAACGAACCAUCGACAGUGCCCCCGUUCGCAAUCAGGAAGAUAGUUCAGUGAUUAUGACUCUUAAGAAUGAAGUCAGCAGUCUUCGCGAACAACUGAAUAGAGCCAACGCUUUGAAUUCCCUCACAAGAGGCUCUCGUGCUGGCGAACCGCCCCUCUCUCCUACAUUUGCACCGGCUCUCCGUCUUGGCGAGGUUAAUGGGCACUCGAGCGGCGCGGCUCCCGGUGGUCAGCAUCGUGGACAUCAGCGUAGACAUAGUUCAGCCGGUGUUUUCUCGUUUGCACCCUCGGAUCCUCGCACAUCCUCUGAUGACAUCCUAAGUGACAUCAAGAGAAGUCACGCCUUGAAUCCUCGUGCGGUUUCUGUUGCUUUCAAUGGCGAAGACAACUUCUUGCGAUACAAGUACAACGGUCUACCCGAUAUUCGCGAUUUCGACGAUCCCGCAGAGGAGAAAAUUCGGCUUAUGCAGGAUGUCAAGCGCCUGGAUGAAGAUGUUCUAGAUGGCCUAAUUCGUGGCCUCAAGAUCCCUGCUCCAAGCCUCACAAAUCCGUCAGCGGUUAAGGAAAUUUUAUUCCCUGCAAACUUGAUUAGCCUUGUCACCAACGAGAUGUGGAAAUAUGGUCUUAUUCCGGAGAGUGAGAGGUUUUUGGCGAAUGUUAUGCAGACAAUCCAAGCACACGUUAUGUCAUUUACCGGCGAGGAUGCCAUCGUCCCCGGAAUCUUCUGGCUAUCAAAUGUUCACGAGAUGCUGUCCUUCAUCUGUGUCGCCGAAAGCGACAUGCUGCAGGGCAUUGGCCCAGGUGAGGAAAAUGCUGUUAGGCCGUUCGAUUGGAACGACUACGAAAGGCUCGUCUCUGUCGUGAAACAUGAUCUUGACAGUUUGGAGUACAACAUUUACCAUACCUGGAUGCUCGAAACGAAAAAGAAGCUGUCGAAGAUGGUGAUCCCAGCGCUCAUUGAGAGCCAGUCACUUCCAGGCUUCACCGCCAGCGACGGCGGCAAUCGUUUAUUCAACCGCCUGCUGAAUUCGAACAGCCAACCCGCCUACAGCAUGGACGACAUCCUAAACCUCCUCAACAAGGUGUGGAAGAGUCUGAAAAGUUAUUACAUGGAGGAAUCUGUUGUCCAUCAAGUCAUCACGGAGCUGCUGAAGCUCAUUGGGGUGGCCAGCUUCAAUGAUCUCCUCAUGAGGCGGAACUUUUCGUCUUGGAAGCGAGCAAUGCAAAUCCAAUACAACAUUACUCGUAUAGAAGAAUGGUGCAAAUCCCAUGACAUGCCUGAGGGUAAUCUGCAAUUAGAACACUUGAUGCAGGCCACCAAGUUGUUACAGCUGAAGAAGGCCACACCUGCCGACAUAGAGAUUAUAUACGAUGUUUGCUGGAUGCUCAGUCCUAUGCAGAUUCAACGGAUGUGCACGAACUACUACGUCGCCGAUUAUGAGAAUCCCAUUUCCCCUGAGAUUCUCCGCGUUGUUGCCUCUCGGGUGCAAGCUAAUGACAGAAACGACCACCUGCUCCUUCCUCCGGAAACAGAGGAAGUAGGAAAUUACGACCUGCCUCUACCUCGAGAAGUUUCUGGACUAGAAACUGACUCUUUCACGACAUCUACUCUACGCGUUAAUGCCCUCUAUUCGUAUACCUCGCAUUGUUAG